UUUUGCUGGAGCCUGUGACCGAGUGGGAGUGGAGUGGAGCGGCCGUUGUUGCCGACUCUGUCCUCCACCCCACGGUCCAGUCAGUGGGUUGAUUAGGCCAUCGGCCCUUAAGCCGAGACCUGUCUCGUAUUUAGUUCUGGAGAACGCCUGGCCGACAUGAGUGAUGUAGAGGAAAACAACUUCGAGGGCAGAGAGUCUCGCUCUCAGUCAAAAUCUCCAACGGGAACUCCUGCUCAUGUAAAAUCGGAGAGCAGGUCAGGAUCUCGUAGUCCAUCAAGGGUUUCUAAACACUCCGAAUCCCAUUCUCGAUCAAGAUCAAAAUCCAGGUCAAGAUCUAGGAGGCAUUCUCAUAGACGUUAUACUCGAUCCAGGUCCCACUCUCAUUCUCAUAGGAGACGAUCUCGAAGUAGAUCAUACACUCCAGAGUACCGACGCCGAAGGAGCCGAAGUCACUCUCCAAUGUCUAACCGGAGAAGACAUACAGGCAGCAGAGCAAAUCCAGAUCCCAACACUUGUCUUGGAGUGUUUGGCCUGAGUUUGUACACAACAGAGAGAGAUCUUCGUGAAGUGUUUUCUCGAUAUGGACCAUUGAGUGGUGUCAAUGUGGUUUAUGAUCAGCGAACUGGACGGUCUCGAGGAUUUGCUUUUGUUUAUUUUGAGAGAAUAGAUGAUUCAAAGGAGGCUAUGGAAAGGGCGAAUGGAAUGGAGUUAGACGGUAGAAGAAUUCGUGUGGAUUAUUCUAUCACCAAAAGAGCGCACACACCUACACCAGGCAUCUACAUGGGCCGGCCAACUCAUGGUGGUGGCGGUGGUGGUGGAGGUGGAGGCGGUGGCGGAGGUGGAGGUGGUGGCAGACGUCGAGAUUCUUACUAUGAUAGAGGAUAUGAUCGUGGAUAUGACAGAUAUGAAGACUACGAUUACCGGUACAGAAGAAGAUCACCUUCUCCUUAUUAUAGUCGGUACAGAUCACGAUCAAGAUCUCGUUCUUACAGCCCAAGACGCUAUUGA